CGUUCUUUUCUGUUAAAAAUGUUGUAUUAUUAGUGGACGUUGUAGGUAUUAGUGAUUUGUACGCUAUUUUAUACCUUUCAAAAAUGAUAAAAAUGAAAAAUUGUUGUGUACCUGGAUGUAUGGACCGAGUAAGCAAAAGACAUCGUUUCCCCAAAGCCAAUCCAACUAUUUUUAAAACUUGGUUAGAAGUUAUUAAUCCACAAAAUUGGCAAGAACUAUCCGAUGAACAGAUUUACAAUAGAUACUACGUGUGUCAUGCACAUUUUACCAAGAAUUAUCAUUUACCAGGAAGUAAAAGAGGUCUCACAAUUGAUGCAGUUCCAACAAUAGAUGUACCAGGUACUAGUUUUGAAACAGUUCUGAUUGCAAAUAAGCCAAAGCUUUGUGAAGUAUUAACAGUAGUGGAUACAGAGAAAACACCUUCUGAAGCCGGACCAAGUGGGAUAGAGAAAUUAUCACCAGAAGAUGGUCCCAAUAAUGAUUUUAUGGAGCUGGACAUACAAGAACCACUAUCUGACUCGGUGAUGAAUAAGAAAAAAAUCCAAAAAGGGGUUAGAAAGUCAAUUUUGACGAGGUUGCAGUAUACUAGGAUUUCACAACUAACUGCGAAAGAAAAAAUAAUGUACUCAAUGUUAAAAGAGUACAAUGUUAGGAUGAGUCAGCUGAAAUACCGAAAUAAAUGUCUGAGGCAACAAUUAGCAUAUGCAAAAAAAAUAAUUUCAUCUCGUGGAUUUCAAAGGCUUUCUUAGCAUAUCUCUGGACCAACUUAUAAUUUCAUCUUAUGUCAAUUGAGGAAGAGAGAGUCAAGGUAAACAUAAAAAGAUAAUUAUUAUUCAUUUAUAUUGAUGGUUUCACUUUGUGGGAAAACAAUGUUUUUUUAUUUAUAUACCUGCAAUGUACAAUGUAUAUCGAUUGUAUAUUUUUCUUAUAGAUAUUAUUCUGAAUUCGUUGAAAGUACGUAAGUAGAUGUCUGUACUUGAAAAAACCUGUACAUAUACUGUAAAUAUUAUUCUGAAUUUUUAAUGCGAGUAAUUUCACUUAAAUUCUUUGAAAGUUCAUAAUUGUUCAUUUAUAUUGAUGGUUUCACUUAGUGGGAAAACGACGUUUGUUUAUUUAUAUACC